UUGAUUAACUUUUACUUAGACUAGUGACGAUACGAUCUAUUUGAGAUAUUUUUCAUUGACGAAUUUCUUCGUAAAAUGUAAAUAUAUGAGACACUAGCGACCGUACAACGUCCGCCGGCUUUACUUAUAACAUGAUCUAACGAAUCUAUGCCAUUCGAUUCAUCGUAUAAUAUUGUUAAUUUAUAAAAGUAAUAAUGGCGAAUACAAAACUUUACAAAUUAAGUAAAGUAUCCCAAUUAUUUCGUUCAGUGUAUACUACGUUACCAAAUGCAUUCGAAAAGACGGAAGUUUCGAGAGGUUAUGUGCUUGAAUUAUUUUAGAAUAUGAUCAAUAAUGGAAUUAUCAAAUCAGUUAAUAGAGGAAUGCAUGUAUUAUUGCCAUUAGGAUUACGAGUGUUGGAUAAACUUACAGCUCUUAUUGAUAAAGAGAUGAUGAACAUUGGAGCACAGAAAAUAUUGUUACCUUCUUUAACAUCAGUUAAAUUAUUAGAGAAGACUAAGAGAUAUGAUCCUGAUAAAAAUGAAUUAUUUAGUCUAAUGGAUAGAUACAAUAAGCAAUACGUUCUUAGUCCAACUUUUGAAGAAGCGAUAUGCGAUCUAAUACAUAAUCUUGGCCCUUUAUCUUCCAAGAUGUUACCUCUAAAAUUAUAUCAAAUUUCUAGCAAAUGGAGGGACGAAAUGAAACCGCGUCUAGGCUUAUUACGUAGUAGAGAAUUUAUUAUGAAAGAUUUGUACACGUUUAAUGUCAAUUUAGAUGAUGCUAAAGAUACAUAUAAUAUCGUAUGCGAGGCUUAUGAUAAAAUUUUUAAUCAAAUUGGAAUGGAGUACAUAAAAGCUGAAGGUGAUACAGGAUCUAUCGGUGGUUGUUUAUCUCAUGAGUAUCAGUAUUUAUCUGAGAUUGGAGAAGAUGUUAUUCUGUCGUGUCAAUCUUGUAACUAUUGUGUAAAUAAAAAUGUAUCUACGCAAUCUGUGUGUCCACAUUGCAGCAAAAAGUUACAAGUACAUAAUGCUGUUGAGGUUGGACACACUUUCCUCUUGGAUACAAAGUAUUCAAAACCAUUAAAUGCAUUCUAUAAAGAUAAUAAUAUAGAAAAACCUCUUGUAAUGGGCUGUUUUGGAAUUGGCUUAAGUCGUAUUAUGGCUGCAGCAGCUGAAAUUCUUUCAACGAAUGAAGAGUUAAAAUGGCCCAAAAAUUUGGCACCUUUUACAGUUUGUAUCAUACCACCAAAGAAAGGAAGCAAAGAAGAAAUUGCGUCAUCUUAUGUCGAACAGAUAUACGAUAUUUUAUGUAAAUUAGGUAUAGACGCAAUACUUGAUGACAGAACAGAUUUAACAAUAGGUAAACGUUUAUUAUAUGUACGGAACACUGGAUUUCCUUAUGCUAUAAUUAUUGGUAAAUCUGUAAUAUCAAAAUCAACGCUUGAACUUUAUGAUGUUUAUAACAACAAAUAUCACGAUUUAACUUUAGAGGGUAUAAACGAUUAUUUUAUGAACAGUGAUGUUAGAGAAUCCGAAAAUAUUUUGUUACAAGAAAGUAGACCAUAGCA